UUGGGAUAUUCACGUUGUACAGAAACAGAGGUUAUUGAGUCUUUGGGAAUUAUUAUCUAUAAAGCACUGGACUAUGGUUUGAAGGAGAAUGAAGAAAGGGAAUUAAGCCCUCCCUUGGAACAGCUCAUCGAUCGCAUGGCCAACACGGUAGAAGCUGAUGGUAGCAAUGAUGAGGGCUAUGAGGCUGUGGAUGAAGGCCUAGAAGAUGAAGAAGAUGAAAAGAGAAAAGUCUCAGCUAUCCGAUCAUAUAGAGAUGUCAUGAAGUUAUGUGCUGCUCAUCUCCCAACUGAAUCAGAGGCACCGAAUCAUUAUCAGGCAGUAUGUCGUGCACUGUUUGCAGAAACAAUGGAGCUGCGUACAUUUCUGACUAAAAUUAAGAGUGCAAAGGAGAAUCUUAAGAAGAUUCAAGAAAUGGAAAAGAGCGAUGAAUCUAACACAGACCUAGAGGACCUGAAAAACGCUGACUGGGCUCGAUUUUGGGUACAGGUGAUGAGGGAUUUGCGGAAUGGAGUAAAACUUAAGAAGGUCCAAGAGCGGCAGUACAACCCUUUGCCCAUUGAAUAUCAGCUUACCCCUUAUGAGAUGCUGAUGGAUGACAUUCGAUCCAAAAGAUACACUUUGCGAAAAGUGAUGGUGAAUGGUGAUAUUCCUCCUCGGUUAAAAAAAAGUGCUCAUGAAAUCAUCCUGGACUUCAUCAGAUCAAGACCUCCUUUAAAUCCUGUCUCAGCCAGAAAACUGAAACCCACUCCACCACGGCCACGGAGCCUCCAUGAAAGAAUAUUAGAAGAAAUCAAAGCAGAAAGAAAGCUGCGGCCCGUCUCACCAGAAGAAAUUAGACGUAGCAGAUUAGAUGUAACUACCCCUGAGUCUCCAAAGAACGUCGUGGAAUCAUCCAUGGUGAAUGGAGGUUUAACGUCACAAACAAAAGAAAAUGGAUUAAGUGUCACACAGCAGGUACCUGUACAGCGGAAGAAGCUCCUCAAAGCUCCAACUCUGGCCGAACUAGACAGCUCUGACUCUGAGGGAGAAACCCUGCACAAGUCAACCAGCAGCAGCAGUGUGUCCCCCUCCUUCCUUGAAGAUCCUUUAUUGGAGGCUGUGUCCACGAGAAAGAAGCCUCCUAAAUUCUUGCCCAUAUCAUCAACACCCCAACCAGAGAGACGGCAGCCACCCCAGAGACGACAUUCCAUUGAAAAGGAAACGCCUACUAACGUGAGACAGUUUUUGGCACCAUCCAAGCAGAGCUCCCGAUCUCUUGUUCCUAGGAUAACCAGUGUAUGGCCAAGGACGCCAUUCCGACCACUUUUUUCUACCAUACAAACAGCUUCUCUGCUCAGCUCUCAUCCUUUUGAAGCAACCAUAUUUGGGGUAGCAGGGGCUAUGUAUUAUCUGUGUGAGAGAGCUUUUACCAGCAGGUGGAAAUCCUCAAAGGAGGAAUUCUGCUAUCCAGUGGAAUGCCUAGCUCUCACUGUGGAGGAAGUGAUGCAUAUUCGACAGGUCCUGGUGAAGGCAGAGCUGGAAAAAUACCAACAAUAUAAAGAUGUCUACACCGCCCUGAAAAAAGGAAAGCUUUGCUUUUGUUGCCGAACUAGGAGAUUUUCCUUCUUCACCUGGUCUUAUACCUGUCAGUUCUGUAAGAGGCCGGUGUGCUCACAGUGUUGCAAAAAGAUGCGGCUGCCCUCCAAGCCAUACUCCACUCUUCCUAUCUUUUCAUUGGGACCUUCUGCCUUGCAAAGAGGGGAAAGUUGUAUGAGGCCAGAAAAACCCUCCACUGGCCACCAUCGGCCACUUCGGAGCAUUGCCAGGUUCUCAAAAUCUAAGUCUGUGGACAAAUCAGAUGAAGAACUACAAUUUCCUAAAGAGUUAAUGGAGGACUGGAGUACCAUGGAGGUGUGUGUAGACUGCAAAAAGUUUAUUUCGGAAAUCAUCAGUUCAAGCCGGCGUAGCCUGGUGUUGGCCAACAAAAGAGCCCGAUUAAAAAGGAAAACACAGUCUUUCUAUAUGUCCUCACCAGGCCCCUCGGAAUACUGCCCUUCGGAAAGGACUAUCAAUGAAAUCUGAGCCUUGUGCCUUUCAGUUGCUUUUGUGUUCAGAGUCGGCAUUAGCGGGAGAGAACACUGAGCUGGACUGUCUCUCCUUGCCGUGGUUUUAUUUAAUCAGCUUGAAUUUGCAUUAGAUCAGGGUUUUGCUGCAUCACAUUGUUCCACAGACUGAAUGCUGUGUUCAUAUCGAUUGAUGAUAUGUGACAGGUCAGCCAAUUGCUCAUUUGCACUGAGAGGACAAUAGUUUGAAAUCUGCUUUUGUGUGUGUGUGGAUUUGGAGGCCAGAAACUUUUUCCUUAGUUCAGUUCCUUACUGUUCCUCAAAUAAUUUUCUGACUAAGGCAAAAAGCUUCUCAUGUGAGAAAUCAGCCUAACACAGGUGUCGAUGUUAGCACAGUUCUACGCAGUAAGUCAUAUUGGCACUUCCACCUGACAGUGUUCCUAUCUAAUGUACAUAGUGAUCCAGAGCCCUGCCACACACCAGAUGCCUGGAGGCGGGGCAGGUGAUUUACCAUCUCAUAGCACAAAACCCAGAAGAAUUUGCUCAUACUAUCAAACUGAUUUUAAAUUAUUGUUGCUCUGAGAUAAAGACUACAGGAGGGACUCGAUGCCUGCAUUCUAGUGCAGAACAUCUGAAUAAGCUGUACACCCACAUGGGAGACCACUUCCUCUGAGCUGCUGUGUUUGCCCUGGUGUAAUGGAUCCCUCUUCUGAGCGGGUGACAGAUUUUCAUUCCCUAUCUUGAAUGUAUUAUGGUUACUUGUAGUUUUAUAAUGGAGGUCUAAGAAUUAAAGUUUUGUCGGGGUUGCGGGACAGAGGAAAGACAAAAGUUUGUCAAGAAGUUGAGUGUAUUUUGGUUAACUAUGGAAAGGGUUGUGACAGAAUAGGGUGCCAGCUACUGCGCCACACUGCAAGGAAUAAGCCAGAGCUCAUCUAUUUUCAACUACGUUUUUCAUAACUUUAUAGUCUAGCCAUCACAACUAAAUUGAGCCACAAAUUGGUACCUAAGGUCUCAAACUGGAAUUUAUUUAUUUUUAUAAAUGAAUUUUAAAAGAAGAACAUUGUCUAGUUCUUUUAAAAUUACAAGAAUAUUAACCUGCUGAUAGGCUUUUUGGAUGCUUUUUGCACAAAUUUUCCUUGUAAAUGACUUGAGUGAGUAGGAUGGGUUUUUGAUGAAGGUAGGUUGGAGGGUAGCACUGCACACCUGAAAUUUCUCAGCUUGAUUAGUCCAUACCAUGGGCUAUACUUGAUUAUUUUGGUAUGCUUAGAAAUGACCAGCCAAUCAAAUUGCUAUUAAUGUUUGGAAAAUCAGUUAAUACACGUGCACAAUAAUUUCCUAAAAGCUACAGGACACAUCUGUAGUCAACACUAUGACAGCACCAUUUAAUAAAAGGCAUGGCAGUCACAUUUUUUACACAUCAAAGUAUAGUAACAUUUCUAUAUUA